AUGGCUUCCACCCCCGUUUUUUGUGUUUUACGGGCCAUCCUGACAGUGAUUCCUGUGCUGGCUGGAUUCAUAGUCCUGUUUUUAAUGUACUAUAAGUCAUUUCCAUCUCCAAAAUGUCAUCCUCCCCCGGCUCAUUCAGAUCGGCUGACAAAGCAGGCUAAUUCUCACAGCACGUCAGCGGUUACAAAACAGUCAAACAGCCCUGCAGCGACACAACAGACCGACAAGCCUAUAAUGCUGCUGUGGUUCUGGCCUGAAAACAAAAGGUUUGAUUUUAAGGACUGUAAAAAGCUUUUCAACAUUGACAGCUGCCACCUCACAGAUGAUAGAUCUUUGUACUCCAGAGCGCAGGGAGUUUUGAUAUUCCACAGGGCUAUCCUAGAUGACCUCUCCAACCUCCCCACCUCACCUAGACCCAGAUUUCAGAGGUGGAUCUGGUUUAAUGUGGAUUCGCAGAGCAACACGCGCAGGAUACAAGGCAUUCAAGGCCUUUUUAAUCUAACCUUGAGCUACAGGAGGGAUGCAGAUAUCCACGUUCGUUGGCAACUAACUGUCAAGAAGAACACAGAUGGAGAUUUUGUGCUGCCCAAGAAGGAACGGUUGCUUUGUUGGAUUGUGGAUGACAGUGACCUCCACACAGAAUCAGGGGAGAGUUACAGUUACUAUCGAGAGCUUGCAAAACACAUCCACAUUGAUGUUUUUAACAGCUCCAGCGCCGGGUUAUUGAGGGGUGAGAACUAUUUUCUGACCAUUAGCAGCUGCAAAUUCUAUCUUUCCUUUGAGAGUUCAAUUGACAGAGAUUACAUUACAGAAACAUUCAGUGGACCUCUGGCAGCCGGCACUGUGCCGAUAGUGUUGGGCCCACCGAGAAGGAACUAUGAGGAUUUUGCCCCAGGUACUUCCUUCCUACAUGUGAAUGACUUUGCUAAUGCCAGGACACUGGCUGAGUUCCUCCUGAGGCUGGAUAAGGAUAAUGAGGCUUUUAUGAGAUACUUUAAUUGGCACAGAUUCUAUACAGCAAGACGUCAUCUAACUGGGGAAAAUCAUGAGUUUGCACACGCUAUCUGCCAAGCCUGUGACCAUGUGGGUGUAACCAAGGAGUACAGAGUGAUGCCUGAUCUGUACAAGUGGUUCUUUCUGUGA